AUGACGAUCAACUUAAAGCUUCGGAUUGGUGAAAGAAAAAAAAAACUGUUGGCAACAAAACGAGACUUUUGGUUGGUUGAAGCAAGUUGCAAAAAUGACGAGAAGCAAAAGAAACAAGAGAAACGAUGUAUAAUUUAUGAUUAUUUUUCACUUCUUUUCACCGAUCCUUCAUUAUUUCAGUGCAACAUGCAACUAAACUUGAGUAAUUAA